AUGAGAAACCGAAGAAAGGAAGCAAGAAAGAGUAAAAUGAGUAACAAUGAGGAUAACGACGAUGAUACGGACGAGGGAGAAGGAAAGCUCGGAGGCAUGUUCAGUCGGAUGAUGAAAAUGAGAAACCGAAGAAAGGAAGCAAGAAAGAGUAAAAUGAGUAACAAUGAGGAUAACGACGAUGAUACGGACGAGGGAGAAGGAAAGCACGGAGGCAUGUUCAGUCGGAUGAAGAAAUGGAGAAACCGGAGAAAGAGUAAAAUGAGUGGCAACGAUGAUAACGACGAUGAUACGAACGAGGGAGAAGGAAAACACACUGGCAUGUUCAGUCGUUUCAGGAAAAUGAGAAAUCGGAGAAAAGAGGCGAGAAACGAUGAUACGGACGAGGGAGAAGGAAAGCACCGAGGCAUGUUCAGUCGGUUCAAGGAAAAGAUGAAAAAGUCAGGGAUGAGGGACAAACUAAGUGGGAUGAAGAAUAUGUUCAAAAGCUUUGGGGCAAAGAUGAAGAAUAAAAUGCGGGGUACAAAUGGUGAUGAGGGAGAUAACUAGCUGAAGCGAAGGUGUUGCAGAAUGUUUGAACGGCAAGAAACACACCAAGAAAUCAGCAUUACUGGUGAAAACUGAUAAUUGAAGGACAUAAAUAAAUGCAGCAAUA